AAACAAGUGUGUGGGAAUUACGAAGUACAGGCCAUUCAAUUCAAAAUAUAACUGGUUGUCUUCUGAAUUUGGGGCCUGAAGGUCCCCUUUUGCCUCUCAGCAAAUCAUGGACAUCGUUGGCUUUCUGAAGUCUCAAUUCAUUUGCCACCUUCUGAUCUGCUACAUAUUUAUAGUGUCAGGACUGAUCAUUAACUUCAUUCAGCUCUUUACCCUUAUACUUUGGCCGAUCAACAAACAGCUGUUCAGGAGGAUCAACUGCAGACUGGCUUACUGCAUUUCAAGUCAGAUGGUGAUGUUGCUGGAAUGGUGGUCAGGCACCGAUUGCACCCUCUACACUGACCCAGCGAGUUACCACAAGUACGGGAAAGAGAAUGCCAUCGUAAUCCUUAAUCACAACUUUGAAAUCGACUUUCUCUGUGGUUGGAACUUUUGUGAAAGAUUUGGGGUCUUGGGGAGUUCGAAAGUGCUCGCAAAGAAGGAGCUCUCCUACAUGCCCAUCAUUGGCUGGAUGUGGUAUUUCCUGGAGAUAGUCUUCUGCAAGCGGAAAUGGGAGGAAGAUCGGAAAACAGUCAUACAGAAGUUGCUGAAUCUGCGGGACUACCCUGAGAACUUCUGGUUCCUGAUCCACUGCGAGGGCACGAGGUUCACAGAGCAGAAGCACCAGAUCAGCAUGCAGGUGGCCGAAGCCAAGGGCCUGCCCAAGCUCAAGUAUCACCUGCUGCCGCGCACCAAGGGCUUCGCUGUCACCGUGCAGUGUUUGAGAAAUGUAGUUUCGGCAGUCUAUGAUUCGACCCUCAAUUUUAGAAAUAAUGAGAAUCCAACGUUACUGGGAGUUCUAAAUGGAAAGAAAUACCAUGCAGAUUUAUAUGUAAGGCGGAUUCCAUUAGAGGAAGUCCCACAAGAUGAGCGGGAAUGUUCUAACUGGCUCCACAAACUGUAUCAAGAAAAGGAUUCCUUCCAGGAAGAGUACUACAGAACAGGAGCCUACCCUGCGGUGCCCAUAGUGCCACCCCGACGACCAUGGACGCUUUUGAACUGGCUUUUCUGGGCCCUUUUGCUGCUAUACCCUUUAUUCAAGCUGCUCAUCAACAUGGCCAACAGCGGCUCUUCUCUGACACUGGCUAGUUUUGUAUUUGUCAUCGUAAUGGCCUCGGUGGGUGUCAGAUGGAUGAUCGGCGUCACGGAGAUCAACAAGGGCUCCACCUACGGCAACCACGAGAGCAGGCAGAAACGCAAGUAGCGCCUCCAGGGACUGCUUGACCCAAAGGGAACAAAUGCAGCUUGUGGGAACUCUUUGGUGCAUCUCGCGGUCGGGGAGUGAGCUCAGAGGAGGGGCAGGAUGCGCAGCCGAAUCCGCGCUCCUCUUGUUUGCCUCUGGGGGCCCGGGCUGGAUGGAAAGAUGCCCUCCGUCACAUACUCACCACAACAGGUUUGCAUUUGUUUGGUUUGGGCUCCUAUAAAAAGUGUCCUACGUUUUGAAGACAAAAACUCCAUCGUGCCCGUCGGGUGGGAGUACCGACCCCGUGGCUGCUGCCACGUUAGGGGAGCGCGCGCCCUGAGGAAGGGGCAGCACAAAGCCACGAGGAGAGGGAAGUCGGUCACUGUCUAGAUGGUGCAUUAACAGUUUAACAUCUAUAACCUGUCRGUGUUCAAAUACAGUGAAACGCUCUGCUUCCUUCCUGGGCUGCCGUGCCCCCCGCAGCAGCAGGGCAGCUUUGCUGCACACGCUGAGCCCGCAGCCCUCAGCACAGGGGCC